GGCCUCGGCACGGAUCGCGACCGACCAAGUGAACCGACCAAGUGUGGACACCGUGUAUAUCCAUCGUUUGUGCUCCUAUUGUAUCGCUCGCCCAUUGAUCGAUCGGGGAUCGAUCGAUCGCCGCCCGUCUCUCUCUCUCUCUCUCUCUCUCUCUCUGUGUGUUUUGUUCGCGCGUUUCGUUUCGAAUCGUGUUGCACGAUUCGAUCGAGUGGCAAGAUUAAUCGCGAGUGCGCGAUUGUUGGUGUUCGAACAGCGUUUCAGAGGGACCGUGGUCAGAAGAAUGCGGUAGGAUGCGUAUCCAGGAAAGAUGCUUUCUGCGCGCGGUCGCAGGACUUUGCCUGAUAGGCGGGGUCGUCGUCGUCGCUUCGACGUCGCCACUCGACGUCGAGCCAUCGAUGCAAACCACCACCGGUGCUGUUGUCGAAGAAAUACUAGGAGUUGAACCGCUUCGUAGCGAAACGAGAAACCAGACAAAUGAACGCAAAUCGGAAUCAAAAACCACGAUCGAGCCAAAGAAAAAGCCGAUCGAUUUCAAGGUCAAGACCGAGCAAAAAUAUCAAAAAACAUUCAAGGAUGAUGAUUCGAAGCGCAGCGAGAGCAACGGCAUAACAACCACAACGACAAUGGCAGUCGAAGACGCAACCACGAGAUCAAUCGAAAUUUUAGGAGUCACGAUACCCUUUCUAUUUCACGGCGAACCUAUCAUGACGAAUUCCACGAUAUCGAUGGAAAAUCGACAAAUGUCAUCGAUAAAUAAUGAUACCUUAUCGACAUCGAAAAAUAUCACGGAGAAUGUUCGCGUGACGGACGAAACGACAUCAUUCAGAGGAAGGGCAUUGAACAUUUCAGCACCAGAACCGACUAAUUCUUUGCAUCCAAAUAUUACCGAUUUGAGCGAUGUCAGCAUGGACGAUGACGAUAAGGAAGUCGAAGGUGGCGAAUACAUGGCAUCUCAUAAUGAAACAGUUGUAAAUAUUUCUUCGACUCUGUUACCAAUAGUGGAUGUAUGCGUGGAAGGAAACCGAACAUACACCAUUGGAGAGAAAAUUGUCAGAAAUUGCGAAGAAAAAUGCGUAUGCGGUGAGAAUGGCGUAGCCAUAAAUUGCAAACCGCUUUGUUCCUCGCCAUAUAUCCGAGCCAAUCGAGGAAUCGAGGAUCCCUUGUGUCAGGAAAAACUUGUCAAGGAGGAACCGUGCUGCGCUAUUUUGGUUUGCGCUGCUGAUUCGGCACCUGAACCGGAAGAGACUUGCGUUUUUGGAAAUAAAACAAUAAUGAGGGGUCAACGAGUCGAGGAUGGUUGUUCCAAGAUUUGCAUAUGCGAAGCGGGAGGAAAUUUGAAGUGUCAACAAAGGUGUCCACCAAACGACACAAUCUCAGCAACGAAUCAACACGAUCGCUGCGUCGUACUCUCCGAUCCAAGAGACUCGUGUUGCACGAUCACGCUUUGCGACGUUACUUUGGGCGAUCAUGAGAUCAAACCAGAAACUUCGACCGAUUUGGCCGUGAAUCUUACGGACGUAAAAGUGUUAAACUCAACGGCGAUCAAGCUGAAAUUGUCGGCUAAGAAUCCGCAAGAUGUGACCGUAGAGAUAUCCGAUGACAAUCACGUAUGGAGACAGCAGAAGCCUGACAAAGAGGGUAUCAUAUCGAAUCUGGAUCCUGCGCAUUCGUAUUACGUGCGAGUGACGGAUGGAACUCGAAUGGGUCCAGCGCUACAAGUGUUUCUUCCUGCAGAGGUAAUCAAGACGAAUAUCUCGGACAAGAUGACGGAUAAAAGCUCUUGCAGCCAUAUGGGAAAAACGUACAAAAUAGGAGCGGAAUGGUACGACGAGUGUAUCUCUUUCUGCACUUGCGUCGAGGGUGGUAAAACCGAAUGUCUGACGAUCGAAUGUCCUACGGACUUUGGUCUUGAUGCUCUUGAUCCUCACUGUUUGGACUGGGAAACCGUACCUCCGAAUUUUGUCCCGAAACCUCCUCACUGCUGUCCCCAGGAAGUGCGGUGCAGAAAUAAUGGCUCGUGCGAUUACGAGGGUAAUACGUACGACAAUUGGAGCGAGCUGCCCUUGAACGUAACCGGAUGCGAGAAACGAUGUUAUUGCGAGAUGGGAAACGUGUCCUGUCAAGCAGCUUGUCCACCAGUUCCUGCUCUACCACCUGCAAUUUUACCUUGUCCGCCUAAUCAGGCCGCGUUGAUGCAUCUACCGGGUGACGAAUGUUGCUUGGAGUGGAAUUGCAGACAUCCGACCAACCAAUUACCAGGAACGAACGCGACGUUUCUCGGCCCCUUAGCCACAGAUCCAUUCAAUCGGCAAUCGAUUGACGAUAGCAAAAGACCGAAUAACAAGUCGAAUUCGGCCGAAUCCAGCCAGCAACCGGAUCCUGGAACUUCCUCCUUACGGGAAGAUUCGAAAGACGUUCACGCGCACACAGAUACCAUUAAUCAUGGACUAUUUCACUACCCCAUGGAUCCUGGACAUCCAACAGUACCGUACAACGGACCGUACAAUCCUAACUAUAAACCUACACACCCUACCGUAGAGAAUGUGUUCCAUUUAACCCCUCACACCGAGAAACCUCCAACGCCUGGCGAACGUCUCAAAGAAAAGACCAUCAAAUCAAAGAUAGACGCUAAGAAACCUGUCGAGCCUGUUGUGAAACCGCACAAAGAUGACUAUUUUCCCGGCCUGCUGACUUCGGACAAGUUCUUGGACAAGAAUGGCCCGCUACUCACGAACGCGAACGAGAAUCACCAAUUUAUCCCGGGCCCCGUCAAUCCCAACAAGUUGCCACCUGUGCAGAAAGUUGGCCACGCGACUGAUCAGCCGCAAUUCGUCCCGUUGAAUCCACAUCGAGAGAUGCUCGGCCCAGGAUUCGCGAUCGCGAACGCCAACAAUGAGCAAAGCGUUCCUCAAACGGAUCUCAACGCGCAGCUCGACAAUUCCGCGAUCGGUUCCCCUUAUAGAGGACACAACGGUCCCGAUAAUCUCGAUCCGAACGUGAUCGUUCCCAUAAAUUCGAAAAAGAAAGCUCCACCGAGCGAUGCAUUCGAUGGCGAGAAAGGUAAAAUACCGACAGGAUUGGCGAAUCGGCCGAAACAGGGCCAACGAAAUCCGAAUCAAGAAAUUCUACCGGAAGAGCUCUAUCAUCUGAUCAAUCUUCAACAUCCAGGAUUGGUCCAAUUGGAGCACGCUCCGCCCGAAGGACAUCCUGGUUUAUACGACAUCCAUCAACAGAUAUCGGGGCAGAAGAACACGCCGAACAAUCAGUUACAGAGCGGAUUCUUCGCCGCGAGUGGCGUGGUAAAAAAACCGGCAAAGCCGCACAUUUAUACGCAGAAGAGCGAAAACGGUCAAACGACAUAUCACAUACACACACCAGAUAUACCGAAUUCACCACAGCAAAUCGAGGAAUUGUUAGCCCAUAUCGGUCAACACGAUCCUAAUCCUGGACCGUUCCAACAUUAUCCCGGACAGCCAGCCAUAUCUCAUAACGUGGCGAGUGGCCCGACAGCUACUUUGCCUCUUCACAUUGACGCUCACAUAUCGCAUUCAGGACUCACGCACUUGAAUCAUCCACAGUUCGCAGCACAAACGCCUAACCAGUCAGAUAUGGAACAUAACAUAGCGAUGGGCUUCCCGUUACCUAGUGCCAUUCCUGGAUUCCCUGUUGCUUCUUCCGCGGAUGAGGUCACUGUACAAGUUCUCGAGGCUCUUGAUGAGAACACUGUUCGCCUUGUUUUCACAGUGCCGCAAGUUCUAGUUGGGCUUCAUGGACGAGUCGAGCUGCGUUACACCAAUGACAAAACAAAUUUUGAUGUAUCCACUUGGAAGUCGCAAGUGUUCGCUCCUCCAAACGAUUUAAUCGCGACACAGCAGCUCGAAUUUGAAUUGAGCGAUUUGAAGCCCUCGACCGAAUACAAAGUAAAGAUCACGGUAAAAUUGAAAGAUCUAGCCAAUAGUCCUACGAGCAAAAUUUAUAGUGUGAGAACGUUGGACAAGCGAACUGAUGCGACCACCUUGCCACCACAAAUACCAAUUGACGCUGAACUUCAAAUUGCGGAGACGAAUAGCACGUGGAUCAACGUCAUGUGGAGAAAAUUCACAGAGUAUGAGCUACAGUUUAUCGAUGGUGUUCAAUUGAGAUACAAGGAGCACGACAACAAAAUUUAUACCGCUUCACCAUUGAUUCAUAGAGCAGUUAGAAAUUAUUUAAUCGAAAAUUUGCAGUCAUCGACUACCUAUGAGAUUGGAAUCUUCUUUGUUCCAUUUCCUGGACAAUCGACAGAAUUGAUUAGUGAAAAAAUGAUUCAAGCAACUACUUUGAUGGAACCAGAUCAAUAUUCGUUCGAUGUCAAAGUGGAGAUUAAGACGAUUAAGUCGACUGACGUGGAAGUGACUUGGACUGGUGUACCUUAUCCGGAGGAUAAAUAUGUGAAUAUUUAUAGAGCAAUUUACCAAAGUGAUAGUGGCAAAGAAGAUACAAGUACAUUUAAAAUUGCCAAAAGGGAUUCUCAUCCAAAAACCAUAAUCACUGAUCUUAAACCAGGUACUAGAUAUCGUUUAUGGCUCGAAAUUUAUUUGACUAAUGGAAGAAUAAAAAAGAGCAACGUGCAAGAUUUUGUUACCAAGCCUGGUGUUCUUUUGCCAGCUACGGUGUCGCAACAAGGAAAACUUGCUUCCUUGCCUUUUCACGAAGGUGAUUAUUACGGACCUUUGGUUGUGGUGGCCAUUGUCGCGUCUCUUGCUAUUCUAUCAACCUUAAUUCUUCUAAUGAUGCUCAUGAAAAGACGUACUAGCAGUAAGGCUGAUAUAUCUUCCCGUAAAAGUACAUCAGCAUACGACAAUCCCUCCUACAAGACUUGUGAAGACACCAUUACGAUAUCAAAUGGUAGAAGUAAAAGCACUGAUCAUGAAAUGGCUACCAUCAAUAGCAAUCUAAAAGAACCUGUUUAAAGUUUUGUAAUUUAUUAUAUUAUUGUAUUUA